AUGCGUUCGCAUGUUGUUCCUACAAUUGAGUCUCCUGAUCAAAUUUGCCUACAUGUAGGUACCAACGCUCUGAAAUCAUCUGCACCGAGCGAUGUGGCAGAUGGUAUUAUCGACCUCGCUAAAGAGGUUGGGAAUGAUUCCGGGUCUGAAAUAUUUAUAUCUGAACUAACUGCAAGGAAUUAUGAUUACUGUGACGUCGUCAAAGCGGUAAACAAACGUCCAAAAGAAUUUUGCCAGCAAAAUAACUGGAAACUCAUCAGCCACGCUAACAUCAGUUCAAAAGGACUUAACCAAGGUAAACUUCACCUCAACAGGGAAGGUAACGAGCUGUCGCAACGGAACUUUGUAAAUUUUCUGAGGUUUAAUUUCACGAAUGUCGAUUAUUCUCUAGUUUCGCAAACGAUGCCAGAAUCAGUUGACAACGAAGUUCUUCCAGGUAGUUCGGGUCCUUCCAAUAUGUCUAAUUUUUUACCAUCUAAACGUGGUUUCAAAAUGGGCUGUUUGAACUUUAACAGUCUCGUCAAACAUGUUGACGAACUAAGAGCCCUUCUUGCUGAGUUUUCAUUUGAUAUUCUGGUAAUUAAUGCGAAACCAAACUUGACGAAUCCAUAAAAAGUUCCGAACUCGAUAUGCCGGGCCACGAUGGAGGGGUAGGUUUUUACAGUAAGUCCCGCUUCUAAUUCUUAUAUAGUGCGCAUCGAUCUAAAUGUAAUUAAUCUUGAAAAUUUAACUAUAGAAAUUCGUAAACCGAACUCUAAGCCAUUUCUAGUAGCGACAUGGUACAGAUCUCCCUCUUCUCCAACCGAUUUAUGUUCGAGUUAUGAGUCAUUUAUAGGCAAGUUAUAUUCUCUCCACCUUAAUUUGUCCUCUCCUACACCUGCUUAUCGUUUAAUCGAGAUUUCACCUCAAGUCUCGUCGUCAGAACAACCAGAUAGUAAGGGAAGUGAAAGUAUAAAUGACAUCCCUAUCUGUAACUCUGACGAGACUUCCAACACCUUUAACGAACAUCUUUCAACUAUUAGGCCCAGACUAGCCCGCGAAAUACCUUUAACUUCGGACGAGGAGUCUAUUUAUUUAAAAAAUAUUCCUGAAAAUUACAACAAGUUAUGUUUUCGUCCAACUACUACCAGUGUUGUGUUUACCCAGCUAAGCAGAUUCUCGAAAACUAAAGCUACAGGACUAGAUAACAUAUCUCUGCUAGGUUGAUUCGUGAGUGUACUGAUAUUAUUUCAGGCUCCUUGUAAAUCUCUGAAGUCUGGCAUAUUUCCUGACGACUGGAAAUGUGCCAGA